AUGAGGCAACAUGCAACCCCAGUAGCGCUGCUCGGCUGGUGCGCCGUGGCGGUUAGCGCUGGGGCUCUCAACUCUAGGCAGUCCGGCGACAACUACGUCGACCUGGUCUGCUUCCCUGAGGGCUUAUCAAACCCUGAGCCGCCUUGCAUUUCCAUCGCCAACAUUGGUUACAAGUGCACGCCUAACGGCACGGAGCCGCUCGCCCUCGAGGCUCACAAGCAGUGCAUGUGCGGCGGGAGCUACUUCAGCGACUGGGCGGGCUGCGAGGCCUGCCUGAGGGCGGCCGGCGCACGCUCCGAGCGCGACAACGCCCGGUACGCGUCCGUCAUGGCUUCCGUGUCGUCCGCCCUGUGCGGCUCCGGCACCGCGAGCAAGUCCUAUCAGGAACUCUUCUCGAGCAUCGACGAGGCCGUCCCGCCCGUGACGACAGGCGCGACUGCCAGCUCGGAUCGCCUGUCCAGCUCCACGCAGGUCAGCAACUACUUCACCCUGUCGGGGUCCCAGGGCGCAGGCACCAUCACUGGAAGCGCCACGGCCGCCACCAACGUGCCCGUGCAGACGCAGUCGCGGAGUAGCACCGCCAGCUCCUCUAGGACCACGGGGACCACGGGAGGGUCCGGCUCCUCACCGGCGCCGGGAUCGCAGUCAAACACGGCCAACGGGAACGAGCCGGCGACGACCAGCAGUAGCAGCGGAUUGGGAGCGGCGCCGACGGCGGCUGUCGGAGGGAUGGCCUUGGGGCUCGCAGCGGGAGCUUUGGCGGCGGUGUUGUAA